AUGACCAUCCCUUCAGCAGUCCCCAAGUUCAUCUUCUUCACCGAUUUCGACGGUACCAUCACCCAGAGAGACAGCAAUGACUAUAUGACAGACACCCUCGGUUUCGGAGCCGAUCGCCGCCUGGCCCUGGGCGAGAAGGUCCUCAACGGCCACGUCUCCUUCCGCGAUGCCUUUGCCGAGAUGCUGGAUUCCAUCACGGCUCCCUACGACCAGUGCACCGAACACCUGCUCGACCAUGUAGAACUCGAUCCGUAUUUCCAAGAGUUCUUUACGUGGUGCCGUGGGAAUGACGUGCCAAUCGUUGUGCUGAGCGGCGGGAUGAAGCCAAUCAUCAAGGCGCUCUUGAAGAAGUUUUUGGGCGAUGACGAAGUGGAGUGGUUACAGAUUGUGAGCAACGAUGUGGCGGCGAGGGAGGGGAAGGGGAUAAAUGAGGAGGGCGGCUGGAGAAUUACCUUUCUCGAUGACUCUCCGCAUGGCCACGACAAGUCCGUCGAGAUUAGAAAGUACUCGUCGCUGCCCGAGGGCCAGCGACCGACCAUGUUCUAUGCCGGCGACGGCAUCUCGGAUCUUUCCGCCGCCAAGGAGACAGAUCUACUCUUCGCAAAGGCGGGCAAAGAUCUUGUGACCUACUGCGAGAGGCAAGAUGUUCCCUUUGUGACCUUCAAGGACUUCUCCAGCAUCCUCGCAACCGUCAAGAACAUCGUUGCGGGAGAGACGUCCUGCAGUGCGGAAGCCAAGGGGAGGCUGGAGCACUAG